AUGAACCAAAGCUUUACAACAGGCUUUUCUACAAACGAAUUUGUUGAGGAUGUAGUUUCGGGUUAGUUAAUUUUUUUAUUAGUUAUUUUUGUACUUCAAGUUUCAAAUGAACUUUUUUUCAUGCACUUAAAAUGGGUAUUGCAAAGUUUGAAGAGUGUUGGUACAUAUUUUGAUUGAUUUGAUACAACAUUGUUAUUGGGAUUUAAUUUUUCAGCUUCUAAAGAGCUCUGCAACAAUGACAGCCAUCGAGUUAACGCCUCCACGGAAAGUAAAAUACCUAAAAAGACGUUCAACCAUGAAGAUAACCUAUCGGACAAUGAAUUCUUCAGCUCUGGAAGCUGCACAAUUGUAUUGUUUGACCAAGACGAUGAUUUGAACAAAGCAAAUGGUCAGAAAGAUAAUUGUGGUAGAGUUACCGGCAGUAAGACUCCUAUGCCAACUGGAGAUCUAUUUCAAGUUUGGUUCGAAAACUACAAAAAGAAAAGAAAAAACGUUGAAGUUCAGCAAGUUUUGGACAAAAGAAGCCACGUUUUAAGCAAGAGAAAAAGGCUUUCAGAUUGUUUCACACCUGAAGAGUCUUUUGGAACACCAACAAAGAAGUGCAGAUUGGACCUACCAGAAAAACAUCGAAUUUUGGUAAGAGUUUGGUUAUAUGUGCUUAAACUAUGAAAAUAUAUUUUUAUGCAUUCAGGUUGAUGUGGGUCUGUAAUUAAGCUGGGAAUGAGAUUUUUUUAAACAACAAUAAUUAUAGAAUGACGAAUUUGAAGCCGCCAGAGAAACAGAAGAUGGCAAUAAAAGCCGUUGUGUAAAUCGUCGUCGGAGCCCAUCGUCAGAAUCAUCAUCUGAUGAUGAGUACUACCAUAUGAGAAGAAAAUCAAGAUGUACAAGCUCAUCGUCGAAAAGUAGCAGAAGCUCUAGUGAAUCGUCUAGUGGCCGUAGCGUUCCUACAUGCUUUCGAGGAGGCCGUCAAAGUUCCAUGUAUUCAAGAGGAAGUCGCAGAUCUCGGAACUCGUCAAUGCAUCGCAGCCGUUCUCGAAGCUUGUCAAGGCACCGCAGUAGAUCUCGAAGCUCGUCGAGCCGCAGCAGCAGAUCUCGGAGCCCUUCACGACGUGGUAGCAGAUCCCGAGGUCUUUCAAGGCAUCGUAGCGUCUCCUCAUCGUCGGAAAGUUCUAGUACUUACUCUACAAAUUUAG